AUGUCUAAACAGAAUGCCUUUGACCAGAAGAAGUUAGCGAUCCUGCAGGAAAUAAACUCAGAUCAGCUUGAUCUGUCACCCAAAGGCACUAUAGAUGUGUUAUGUUUACCAAUAAUCGAUCUAAUAAAUAGUUCACCUGAUAUGGUUACAACUUCAUCUUGUUCAGGUAGAAUCAGUGUAUUUAUUGAAGGUCAAAAAGCUAUUAACGGAGAUGUAAAAGUUGGUGGUAAAGGUGACGGAGGUGUUUGGCUCUUUGUAAGUCAUGAGUUCAAGGAUAUUGAUAAUUGGUUUGACAGAACUACUGCUUCCAAGAAUCUUAACUGGGUCAUAGAUGCUUCUAAUACAAAGGACAUCAACGAUGAUGGCAGUUCCAGUAUGAUCCUAUACAAAUACGAGCCCUUCAUAUUGCAUGUGAAAUGUCGUGAUUUUGAAAGUGCAUCAAAACUUUAUAACACUGCAAUGGCGUGUGGCUUUAGAGAAAGUGGUAUUGGCUCAAAUUUUAUUGUUGCGAUUAGAAUAAAUAUAAAGCUUGAUGUUCCAAUUGGAUACGUUAAGGAAAAUGGCCAUCUGGCGUUAAUUGUUGAUCCCUCCUACAUUACUGUUCUUGAUAGAAUCACAAAGGCAAAAUUUAUUGAAAACGAAAAGAAAAUGACAGUCUUGUUUGCCAAGAUAAAAUCUGAGAUAGUUGAAUCACCAAAAGAUGUAAAUACACAAGUGAAAGAGGAGACAAAAGAGGAGCGCCGUGAAAGGAAAAGAAGAGAGGGACUUGAGAAACAACGUCUUCUUCAACAGAAGCAGAUAGGCAAAUGA